AUGGUCCAGUUCUCCGUCCUGGAUUUUAUCAAAUCACAGUGGACACCAGUGCCCCCUGCACCGAAGGCCGACCUUCAUGGGCAGACAGUUGUUGUCGUUGGGGCAAACACAGGCAUCGGUUUUGAAGCAGCGACACAUUUCGCUAGAAUGGGACCAGGAAGACUGAUCCUUGCGUGCAGAAGUUUGGAAAGAGGCUCCGUUGCAUUGGCCAAGUUGGAGGCAUCUACUGGCUGCAAGACAGCCGAGCUGUGGCUCCUGGACCUUAGCAGCUUCGAGUCCGUGAGGGGAUUCGCGGAUCGAAUUGAGCAGGAAGUCCAGCGACUCGACAUCUUGAUUGCCAAUGCAGCCGUCGUGCCAAAUCAAUUCGAGGAAACGAAAGAUCACUGGGAAACCUCUGUUCAAGUAAAUCACAUCUCUCCGGCACUGCUCAUCAUUCUUCUGAUGCCCAAGAUGUUCGCGUCGUUGGAUGAGUCGCCAAGGCCGCCCAGAAUCGUCGUCGUAUCUAGUUCACUCCACCACUACGCCAAAAUACCCGACAACGUAUUCGAAUCUUCCACACCUCUUCAGGUACUUUCAGACAAGGAUUUGGGCCCCCCGUUCGAAGCGAUGCCGAGAUACUACUUAGCCAAGCUGUUCAACGUCUUCCUUACCCUCUCCUUGACUGAUCACAUCCCUUGUUUAACCACCGUCGCCGUAAACCCAGGGUUCUGUUACUCAGAUCUGCGUCGUGACACACGAACACUCGUCAUUCGGACACUUGAACGGGUGCUGGCCUUCACCGCCGAAGAAGGGAGCCGCCAGAUCGUCUGGGCGGCGUUGAACUCUAGAGCGGCGCCGGGAGAGAAAGUGGAUUGCAUGAAAGGCGCUUUUGUGAGCUACAUGUCGGUGGGUGAACCUAGCGAUUUUGUGCUCAGCGAUGAAGGUGCUGCAUUUCGCGAGAAACUCUGGCACGAGACGUUGGAGAUAAUAGUUGUGGUGCCGCCUGAUCUGGGACCGUUCAAACGCAGUACUUGGGUCAGCGGCGAAUAG